AACAGCUUCAAGCCACAGUCGCAGUAGCUGGGGAAGCAGGCAAAAAUGGCUGCCAUGGCUGCUCUUCAGAGCUCCUUCACCUCUCUCUCCCUUUCCUCCAACAGUUUCAUGGGGCAACGCCUCUCCCCCAUCACUCUCUGCCCGUUCCGGUACGGCAAGUCAACGGAGAAGCCAUGCCUCAUUGUGAUGCGGCUUAAGCGAUGGGAGCGAAAGGAAUGUAAACCAAAUAGCCUUCCUAUAUUGCAUAAAAUGCAUGUUAAAGUUGGGGAUACAGUGAAAGUAAUAUCUGGACGUGAAAAGGGUAAAAUUGGAGAGAUUACUAAGAUCUUCAAGCAUAACAGCACCGUCAUAGUGAAAGACACAAAUUUGAAGACAAAGCAUAUGAAGAGCAGAGAAGAGGGUGAACCAGGGCAAAUCAUCAAGAUCGAAGGUCCCAUCCACAGCUCAAAUGUGAUGCUAUACUCUAAAGAACAGAACGUGCCGAGUCGCGUGGGCCACAAGAUUCUUGAAAAUGGACAGAGAGUCCGUUACCUAAUAAAAACUGGAGAGAUAAUUGAUAGUGCAGAGAAUUGGAAGAAAUUGAAGGAGGCGAAACAGAAAAAUGAAGAAGCUGCUGCUUCUUAAUUGAGUGGUUGAGUUCAUGCCUUCGCCAGUAAUGUAACUCUGGAUGUACUUACACUGUUUGGUAUUUAGUGUAUAUUUUUGUUCUAAAUGUUCAUUUCCAUAUACAAGCAACCUGAGUGGAGAUUAAUUUGUUUAUAUCAGUUGACUUUUUUUUUUUAAUUGACCUCCUUAUGAGAAAUUGUUGAUGCCUGUACCUCUGAAAAAGAUCUUAUGAUUCAUUAUUCAUUACUACGGUCAAUUGUAAAAGAUCUUAUGAUUGGUUUCCUCUGCUUCUAUUAUGCACUCUCCACCAAGUUUCUGCAA